UCGGAAUUGUGGGCGACUCAGCUAAUGGCGUCGGCGAGUCUAGGCACCCGGGGUGGGCAUCGCUGAAGCUUGUGGCCAGCUCGGCCGGCGACGCCCGCCGUGGCCAGGCCCCGCGGCAGCGGGAGGGACCUGCCCGUCUGGUGGGCUCCUGGGCCGGCGCCGGUGGUGGAGCCUGGUGGGGUAGCACUGCUGCGGGCAGGUCUCGGCAAGCAGCCGGCGGCGGUGCGGGGCGGCGGGGGAAGAGCUCGGGCGCGCCUCGGGAGACGCAGCCCAGCCCGGGCCGGCUGCGGAAGGUUGAGGAGCCUCCGGCUCUCUGCCGGCCGCGCAAGCAGCUGACAGUGCCUGCUUGGUAGUGCCGGUCCCAGAUCGGCAGGGACCUGGGGGGACCAUGUCCUGCACCAACAGCCCCGAGGCUGUGAAGAAACUGCUGGAGAAUAUGCAGAGCGACCUGCGGGCCUUGUCACUAGAAUGCAAGAAGAAGUUCCCACCUGUCAAGGAGGCUGCUGAAUCGGGAAUAAUAAAAGUUAAAACAAUAGCUGCAAGAAACACCGAAAUUUUAGCAGCAUUGAAAGAGAACAGCUCAGAAGUCGUGCAGCCUUUCCUGAUGGGGUGUGGGACCAAGGAACCAAAGAUCACGCAGCUGUGUUUGGCCGCCAUCCAGAGACUCAUGUCACAUGAAGUAGUGUCUGAGGCUGCUGCUGGGAAUGUAAUUAACAUGCUUUGGCAGCUAAUGGAGAACAGCCUUGAAGAACUUAAGCUGCUUCAAACAGUUCUUGUUCUUUUAACAACCAACACAGUAGUCCAUGAUGAGGCACUUUCCAAGGCAAUAGUUCUUUGUUUUCGACUCCACUUCACAAAGGACAAUAUUACAAAUAAUACAGCUGCUGCUACAGUCCGACAGGUCGUCACUGUUGUCUUCGAGAGGAUGGUUGCUGAAGAUGACCGGCACAGAGAUAUAGAGCCUCCAGUACUGGUCCAGGGAAACAGUAACAGAAGGUCUGUCAGCACGCUGAGGCCCUGUGCUAAAGACGCAUAUAUGCUCUUUCAGGACCUCUGUCAGUUGGUUAAUGCUGAUGCCCCUUACUGGCUAGUAGGCAUGACGGAAAUGACUCGGACAUUUGGCCUUGAGCUGCUAGAGUCGGUCCUCAAUGAUUUCCCGCAGGUGUUUUUACAACAUCAAGAAUUCAGUUUUCUCCUCAAAGAAAGAGUAUGUCCACUUGUGAUCAAGCUCUUUUCUCCAAACAUAAAGUUCAGACAAGGUUCCAGCACGUCAUCUUCUCCAGCACCAGUUGAAAAACCGUAUUUUCCUAUUUGCAUGCGCUUACUGAGAGUGGUGUCUGUUCUGAUCAAGCAGUUUUACAGUCUCCUGGUGACUGAGUGUGAAAUAUUUCUGUCACUUCUGGUGAAGUUUCUGGAUGCAGAUAAGCCACAGUGGCUUCGAGCUGUUGCUGUGGAGUCGAUACACAGGCUGUGUGUGCAGCCUCAGCUAUUAAGAUCAUUUUGUCAGUCAUAUGACAUGAAGCAACAUUCCACCAAGGUUUUCCGAGACAUUGUGAAUGCGCUGGGGUCUUUUAUCCAGUCUCUGUUUCUUGUCCCUCCUACUGGAAAUCCUGCCGCAGCCAACCAAGCUGGAAACAAUAAUGCAGGCGGCCCAGCCUCCGCCCCAGCUAACUCAGGAGUGGUGGGCAUUGGUGCAGGGGUCACUCUGCUGCCGGCGUUUGAGUACCGAGGAGCCUGGAUACCCAUCCUGACGAUUACAGUGCAAGGCAGUGCCAAAGCCACCUACCUCGAGAUGCUGGACAAAGUUGAACCCCCAACUAUCCCAGAAGGCUAUGCCAUGUCUGUGGCAUUCCACUGCCUUUUGGAUCUCGUCCGUGGCAUCACCACGAUGAUAGAAGGAGAGUUAGGAGAGGUGGAGGCGGAGUGUCCCACUGUCACGGAAGGAGCGUCUUCACAGUCAUCAGAACGGCGAGAUGAGCAGGCAGUGUCAGACCAGAUGGACCAGGAGACAGUGAGCAGAGCUGUUUGGGAAGAGAUGGUGAGCGCUUGCUGGUGCGGUCUUCUCGCUGCACUCUCGCUUCUUCUCGACGCCAGCACAGAUGAGGCUGCCACUGAGAACAUUCUGAAGGCUGAACUGACCAUGGCUGCUCUCUGUGGAAGACUGGGUCUCGUAACCUCAAGAGACGCCUUCAUCACAGCAAUAUGCAAAGGCUCCUUGCCUCCACAUUAUGCUCUGACUGUGCUGAAUGCCUCCUCUGCAGCUGCACUCUCCAAUAAAUCAUAUUCUAUCCAGGGCCAAAGUGUUAUGAUGAUCAGCCCGUCCAGCGAGUCUCACCAGCAAGUUGUGGCCGUGGGUCAGCCUCUUGCUGUGCAGCCUCAAGGAACAGUGAUGCUGACUUCCAAAAAUAUCCAGUGCAUGAGGACUCUCCUUAACUUGGCCCACUGCCAUGGUGCUGUUCUGGGAACGUCAUGGCAGCUUGUUUUGGCAACUCUUCAGCAUCUUGUGUGGAUUCUGGGACUAAAGCCUAGCAGUGGUGGUGCCUUGAAGCCUGGCAGAGCAGUAGAAGGACCCAGUACAGUUCUGACAACGGCAGUGAUGACAGACUUGCCAGUGAUCUCCAACAUCCUCUCCAGACUGUUUGAGAGCUCACAGUAUCUUGAUGACGUAUCUUUGCAUCAUUUAAUAAAUGCACUUUGUUCCUUAUCUCUAGAAGCAAUGGAUAUGGCCUAUGGAAAUAAUAAGGAACCAUCUCUUUUUGCUGUUGCCAAACUAUUAGAAACUGGUCUAGUUAAUAUGCACAGGAUAGAGAUUUUAUGGAGACCUUUGACUGGCCAUCUACUUGAGGUCUGCCAGCAUCCAAACUCUCGGAUGAGAGAGUGGGGAGCAGAAGCUUUAACGUCACUCAUUAAAGCGGGGCUGACAUUUAACCAUGAGCCUCCACUUUCACAGAACCAGAGACUACAGCUGCUUUUAUUGAACCCAUUAAAAGAGAUGUCCAAUAUUAACCAUCCAGAUAUUCGACUCAAGCAAUUAGAAUGUGUGUUGCAGAUUCUGCAGAGCCAGGGAGACAGUCUUGGGCCUGGGUGGCCCUUAGUUCUUGGAGUCAUGGGAGCCAUCAGAAAUGAUCAAGGAGAAUCAUUAAUAAGAACUGCCUUUCAGUGUCUUCAGUUGGUUGUGACAGAUUUUCUACCCACAAUGCCUUGUUCUUGCCUACAGAUAGUUGUAGAUGUUGCAGGUAGCUUUGGACUGCAUAACCAAGAGCUUAAUAUUAGCUUAACAUCAAUAGGCUUAUUGUGGAAUAUUUCAGAUUAUUUUUUCCAAAGAGGGGAAACUAUUGAAAAAGAAUUAAAUAAAGAAGAGGCAGCUCAGCAGAAGCAGGCGGAGGAGAAGGGUGUGCCUCUGAGCCGACCGUUCCACCCCGCGCCCCCAUUCGACUGCUUGUGGCUGUGUCUGUAUGCGAGGCUGGGGGAGCUGUGUGUGGACCCCCGGCCCGCCGUGAGGAAGAGCGCUGGCCAGACCCUCUUCUCCACGGUUGGCGCACAUGGGACCCUGCUGCAGCAUGCCACCUGGCACACCGUGAUCUGGAAGGUACUCUUUCAUCUACUGGACCGAGUUCGAGAAUCUUCUACAACUGCAGACAAAGAAAAGAUUGAGUCUGGAGGUGGAAAUAUUUUAAUUCAUCAUUCAAGAGACACAGCAGAGAAGCAGUGGGCUGAGACCUGGGUAUUGACCUUGGCCGGAGUAGCACGGAUCUUUAACACCAGGAGAUACUUACUGCAGCCUCUAGGAGACUUUUCAAGAGCUUGGGAUGUUCUUCUUGAUCACAUUCAGUCAGCUGCACUCAGUAAAAACAAUGAAGUGUCCCUGGCCGCUCUGAAAAGCUUCCAGGAAAUCUUACAGAUUGUGUCCCCUGUCCGAGACUCGGAGAAGCCCGAGACACCUGUAGUUAAUGUGCCUGUGCCUGUCCUUAUAGGAAACACUUCAGGCCCAGGCCUGAGCAGGCCGUUUGUAAGAACAGAUUCCAUUGGAGAAAAACUUGGAAGAUGCAGCUCUGAGCCUCCCGUUGUGACUGAUGAGCUUGAAGAUCAGAAGCUCUGGUGGGCUGCCUGGAACACCUGGCACAGAACCGGCUCCGAGAGCACAGAGCCGCCCCGCACUGUGGACGAGCUGACCUUUAUCCCCAGCCAGCCUUUCCUUACGGCCUUAAUUCAGAUCUUCCCGGCCCUCUACCAGCACAUAAAAGCCGGCUUCAGCAUGGCUGACUUGCAGAAGCUGGGCGUGAUCCUGCACAGCGCGGUCUCUGUCCCCAUCAGUUCCGAUGCCUCUCCUUUCAUUCUCCCGUCUUACACGGAAGCCGUCCUGACAAGUUUACAGGAAGCUGUGCUUACAGCCUUAGAUGUUCUCCAGAAGGCCAUCUGCGUUGGACCUGAGAACAUGCAGAUAAUGUACCCUGCUAUAUUUGACCAGUUGCUGGCCUUCGUGGAGUUUUCCUGUAAACCUCCACAGUAUGGACAGCUGGAAACAAAGCACAUUGCAAAUGCCAAGUAUAACCAGAUCCAACUAUUUGCACCGGCGGAAUGGGUAGCCUUGAAUUAUGUACCGUUCGCUGAAAGAUCUUUAGAAGUAGUUGUGGAUUUGUACCAAAAAACGGCCUGUCAUAAAGCAGUGGUGAAUGAGAAGGUCCUCCAGAAUAUUAUUAAGACUCUCAGGGUUCCUCUUAGUUUGAAGUAUUCGUGCCCUUCCGAAAGCACAUGGAAACUGGCGGUAGCCUCUCUUCUCAAAGUCCUCUCUACUGGGCUGCCUGUUGCCCGACAGCACGCUUCCUCUGGGAAAUUUGACAGCAUGUGGCCAGAAUUAGCCAGCACGCUUGAAGACUUCCUCUUUACUAAAAGCACACCUCCAGAUAAUCUCUCUAUUCAAGAAUUUCAAAGAAAUGAAAGUAUUGAUGUUGAAGUUGUUCAGCUCAUCAGUGCGGAGAUCCUCCCGUACGCCAACCUCAUCCCUAAAGCGUUUGUGGGUCAGAUGAUGACCAUGCUCAACAGGGGCUCCAUCCAUUCCCAGCCGUCCUCCUUCACAGAAGCAGAGAUUGACAUUCGUUUGAGAGAAGAAUUUUCUAAAAUGUGUUUUGAAACAUUGCUCCAGUUUUCCUUCAGUAACAAAGUCACAACACCCCAGGAAGGCUACAUCUCACGGAUGGCACUUGCUGUGCUUCUAAAGAGGUCUCAGGAUGUUCUGCACCGCUACAUAGAGGAUGAGAGGCUGAGUGGGAAAUGCCCUCUCCCAAGGCAGCAAGUAACAGAAAUCAUAUUCGUUCUAAAAGCCGUCAGUACGCUGAUCGACUCACUGAAGAAGGCUCAGCCUGAGAAUGUUGAUGGAAAUACCUGGGCACAAGUAAUUGCCUUAUACCCAACGUUAGUAGAAUGUAUCACCUGCUCGUCCUCCGAAGUCUGCUCUGCUCUUAAAGAGGCACUGGUCCCCUUUAAGGACUUCAUGCAGCCACCAGCAUCCAAAGUUCAAAAUGGAGAGUCUUGAGCAGCUGCAGUCCAUGCAGAGGGAGAGAUACCCUAAGGCGCGCCUUCUCCUGAGUCUUGUAGAGGAAGGACGCUCCACUCAAGUCACUCUUGGCAGCUGUUUGCCUUCCUUAAAUUAAAAUGUAAUUAUCCGGGUACCGUAAUUCAUACAGAAGUGUCUGUGUUAACAAAGACUCCUGGAGGACCUGAGCCUUUUCCUGGGUGACCUUGCUGGGAGGGAGAAUGAGCACUACAUACCUUCUACCAUGUCUUCAGUCGGCGACUGAAGAGUGAGCGCGUGUACAGUUUGUUGUGUAUGUGUUAAUGAUGUACUUUUUAAAAAGAAAGAAAAGAUAUUUCCAUCCAGAUUUUUGAGGCUGGCGUUUUGCACCCUUUUUCAAGUACAGAAUUGUACUAAAAUUUUAUGCAAGGUGGUACUGUAACAUUCCAUACUAUCUACAGCCAGCCUUUGUCAACAAAGGGAACUGAUAUACUGUGUGUAUAAUAAAUGGUACAGUUCUGUAUAAAAUAGUUGCAUUUAUUUAAAAUUCUAAAAUAUUGAUGAUGUUAAAUGCUCGAAGCUGUAUUUAUUAUUAAUACAAACUUGUUUGCUUA